AUUUCACUAACGACAGCUGCUGGAGUAAAAAGAAUCUCCAUUAGUAUUAUAUAGUAGUAGUAUAUUGUAGUACUUACUUGCUAUUUCAUCUCCUCUCCCUGCUUUCCAUUUUUCGUAUUGUUUUAAUCAAAUCUAAGUAAAAAGAAUAUUGGUACUAUACCACUAUCGAUCUAUCUGAUCCGUGAAAAGCAAACAAGAUACUGUCAAAAAACAUUCUUCACAUUUCAAGAUUCUUGGGGUGUCUUUUUGUGUGUGUGUGUGUGUGUGUGUGUUGAGGGGAUAGAAGAUGAUGGAGUGAGGAGAUAAGAGAAGAAAGUGAGUGGAGAUGGCAAGAACAGCAGCAGAAUGGAGAGGAAAAUGGUGUUUAUAUAAGCAAACUAUGAUUGUUGUUUGCUCAAUCAACAUAUUUGUUGCUCUCUAUGUGCUUCACUCUCUCUACACUUCUGUCUAUAUGUACCCUUUCAAUCAUACUCAAACAGCUUUUAGGUAUACCUCAGAUCAGAUUAGGAAAAUGGAAGAGUCAAUUCAAUUACGGAAACAACUAGAACCUAUAGAACUUAUUAACGUGGUAAAUGGCUUAAAGAUCGAACUUUUGAAGGAUGAAAAGGUGCAACAAAUACCGCAGCAUAUUAAACAGAAGAUAGCAGAUGAUAUCCUAGUAACUUUAAAAGGCGUGAAUGCCAAUGCCGAUGAAACGAUGCUACAAGAUGUGGUGGAAAGUUGGCGUAGAGAAAAAUUGAAAGAAGCUGCAGAAAUUGUUCAUGAGAAAACAUCAAAUUCAACUAUUUCCCCAGAGGAGGCUAGUUUACUUGCACGAGCUUUGAAGGAUGACUGGGCUGAGCUGUCAGAAGAAAUUGGUCUCUGGAUACCUGUUCAGAUCACUAAUAUAGAACACGAUGACAAACCUGAGGGUGAAGAGGAACUUGACGACGAAGUCAUAGCUGGCAAGCAGCUUCCUCCCGAGUGUCAUGCUGAAAUCCAUACCGAUUACGGUGGUGCUGCUGUAAGAUGGGGCCUUACACACCAUAAAAAAUCUGCAUAUGAGUGUUGCAUGGCUUGUUUGAAUCAAGCUAAGCAUGCCAAACCUAACCAAAAGAAAUGUAACAUAUGGGUUUACUGCCCAUCAGAGACGGGAUGCCACUCUCCGGAUAUUUAUCAACACAAGCAUCAGGAGUGCUGGCUGAAAUAUGCAGAGACACCUACGUUGAAUUUUAAGGACCGGUAUCCUGAAUCAUACAGAAACGCUCAUCCAAAUGCACCAGUAAUUGUUCCAUGGAUGUCUGGUGUUGUCGGUGUAUAAAUUUGUCGCUAACAAAAUAGACGAUAAGAAGAUGUUAGUGCUUCCACUAUAUGAAGAUGUUGUAACAUUGUGGCAAGAAAUCAGUUUUCUUGAGUUGCAGUUUCUUAUGGUAGAGCUGCUUCUCUUCUUCUUGUUUAGUAGGAAGAUAGAUUUGACCAAAAUCCGAGGUCUAUCGGAAACAACAUCUCUAUCUCUAUAAGGUAGGGGUAAGGUCUGGGUAAGGUCUGCUUACACACUAUCUCCUCUGACCCCAUUUUUAUGGGAUUACACUGGGUUUGUUGUUGUUGUUGUUAUAGAUUUUACCAAAAUAGAAAUUUGUUUUUGUAUCA